AUGGCUCCACUCGCCGCCAUCCUAGCCACAGUAGUGGCACUCUCCUGGCCGCUCGCGACAGCUAGAAACUUCAUCGCUCCAGUCUCAGUACCAGACCCCGAGCCAACUGAGAUUCAACUGUCCUCGGCGACAUCUCUGAAUCGCGAAAGACCAACCGCGCUCUCUGUUCCGCCUCCGGUCCUCGACACGGCCACUUUUGACGACCUCGCCGGGAACACGACCUCCUUCACUCUUCAAGACAUGAUAUCCUUCUUCACCGGCACCAAGAACUCCAUAACCUCAAACUUCACACUCUUCGCUCCCAACUCCGCAUCCAACACCUCUACCUCCCCUGCGCGCUCCGCGAAGGUAAUCGCCACGGACCGCUUUGUCAAAGCUCUCAACAGUGCAAAAUGCACCAACUCCUCAGUCCUACUGACAUUCACCGACACAGAGAGGUACAAGGCAGCCCAGAAAGAGUGGAAAUGGGUCAAUCAGAAGAGAGAACAUCAUGUGUACAUGGUGACAAAGAAUCAGGAAUGCGAUAGGGGUGCUGAUGAUCCGGAGGAUCUGCAACUUUGGGCUAUUAAGGAGGUGAAGUUCAAUAAUUUUAAGAAGAGUGUUACGAUGGUGGGGACUGCGGUAGAGUUUAUGGAUGUGUUCAAGGAGUGGAGAUUGAAGGCGUCAAACACUGGGAUCAUGGCAAAGCGGAAAGGCAUUGAUGGGGCUGAGGGGGUACACGGCCGUGAUAUGGUGAGCAAAGGCCAGAUCGAUCUUGACUACCAGAUUAGUCCGAAGUUUGGCCUCGCCUUCGGAGGAUCACCACCGCGGCCGCUUCUUCCUACUGAUCCGGACCAUAUGAUGACAGGGGCUUUGUUUUGUGAGACGUGCUCAAUAUAUGGGACUUUCGACUGGGACCUGGACAUCGGGAGAGGGUCCUUGAGCGACCUCAGACCGCUCAAGGGCGUCAUCUCGUUGACUGCUCGCAAUGUUGGCGCAAUGAUACAACCUAAGCUGGCGUUGUAUGAAGGGACCGAAGUCAUCGACCAUGAGAUUGAGAUUUGGGGCAAGGCGAUACCCAGAUCCGGCAUCUACAAGCGCGGGUUGUUCGACAUUGGUGCUACGGUUCAUCUUAUCUUCAAGAUCAAGCUGCAAAAGACUCCCGUUCCGAUGGCGAUGAUGGCGGGCUUUAAUGUGUCGCUAGCAGACGAGGCUGUUGUCAAGAUCGAUCUUGGGAACCCUGAGAAGAGUGUGGUGAAUGGGUGGAAGCCCAGCAUAGACUCACUGGAACCUUACGUGUCGUCGAACUCGUCGAUGACUGCCAUCAUGGGUCCACGUUUAAUGCUCUCGUACGGAGCCGAGGUCAUUGGUCAAGGAGCUCAGGUGGGCAUUGUCUUCGCUGGCGGUAAUCUGGAGUUGAAGGUCAAGACCGACGACAAGAGUUCCUGCAGCAAGGAAGCCGCCGCCCGGGGAGUGUCGUUCGAAGGAGGUCUGGUGAACGAAGUCGCCGCCUAUGGUACAGCAAAGCUUAUCUCGAGUAUUGCUACCACGACAACGCUGGCAAGUACCAGCAAGCAACUCUUCUCCACUUGCAAGACUAUAGAUGCAUCCCUCCUGGGUACCCGUCACCGGCCUACGCAGCUGCAUGAGCACUUCACACCAGAGAUAGUGGCGAAGCUUGCAUCUGUCACAGCGGCCGUGGGAUCUCUUGCGAGCAAAGCAUCCGAGGCGAUCACUUCCAUCGCCAGCGAGGCAUCAGAGACAGCUGCAUCUGUCAUUGAUGAAGUCAAGACUGAAGGAUCAGAAGUUAUAGCAGGGGCCACGUCUGCUGUGGGUGGCGUCAUAUCAGAGGUUGGCGAUGUCGUGGGAGACGUGCUUCAUAUCUGGUAG